UGAAUGCACCCGUAAGCCACGAACCCUCCCCCAAAACGAGAUUGAGGAUCUGUUCCAGCAAUAUCCUCCCAUAAACUUACUAUAUCAGUAGCUUAGCAGAUUAGAUAGUGUAGUCUGCAAGCUUCCAACCAUGCAGCCGGCAGUCAAACACACCCGAACAGUUCUGUUCCGGGUCGCGUGUUGUUCGGUUAGAAUCGCUCUCCACGACUUCUGGUACGAUGUCGGUACGUCUAAAGAUUAUCGCCUUGCUUCUGGUUGGCAUGCUCGAUUGCCUCGCCGGCCAAACGGUAGUUUGCGAUGGUGUUGCGAACCAAGCUUUUCCUCACGAAAGCGACUGCACCCAGUACUACAUCUGCUCGAAUGGCAACAAGUAUCUGCUGUCGUGCUUUAACGGAGAACACUUUUCACCAGUAACGUUGCGCUGCGAGUCACCGGAAGUGGCACAAUGUGAUCCUAACUUUACCACGUUGCAACCCAAUCCAACCGGCCCAACCGGUCCAACAGUGCCAACCACACCGACCCUAACGUCACCCACCAGUUUGACGGUUGUGCCUACGCUAAGUACCACAACUGAUUGGACAGGACCAUCGCUACCCACCGUUCCGGAAGUUACUGUUACUGAGUCCACGACCGAGCAGGAAACGACAACCAGCACGAUAUCAAUCGAGCCUACCAUUACCGUUCCCACGGUUGGAACAGCCGCACCACCAACGGUACCAACUGCAGCGCCUACUACUGCCACUCCUCCCAUCACCACGACGGAAGAGGCUACUCCUACUCCGGAAACACCUGAUCCAGAACCACCUACUCCCACUCCGGAACCGCCUACUCCUACUCCGGAAACACCUGAUCCGGAAACGCCUGAUCCGGAAACACCUACUCCUACUCCGGAAACACCUGAUCCGGAAACGCCUGAUCCAGAGACGCCUACUCCUACUCCUGAAACUCCUGAUCCGGAAACGCCUACUCCUACUACGGAAUCACCUACUCCUACUCCAGAAACGCCUGAUCCGGAAACACCUACUCCUACUCCGGAAACACCUGAUCCGGAAACGCCUGAUCCAGAGACGCCUACUCCUACUCCUGAAACUCCUGAUCCGGAAACGCCUACUCCUACUCCGGAAUCACCUACUCCUACUCCAGAAACGCCUGAUCCGGAAACGCCUACUCCUACUCCGGAACCACCUACUCCUACUCCAGAAACACCUACUCCGGAACCACCUACUCCUGAUCCAGAAACGCCUGAUCCGGAAACGCCUACUCCUGCUCCGGAAACACCUACUCCGCAGCCACCUACUCCAGAAACACCUACUCCGGAACCACCUACUUCUGAUCCAGAAACGCCUGAUCCGGAAACGCCUACACCUGCUCCGGAAACACCUGCUCCGGAACCACCUACUCCCGCUCCGGAACCACCUACUCCAGAAACGCCAACUGCUGCUCCGAUAACGCCUGAACCGGAAACGCCUUCUCCUGAAUCGCAAGACCCUAAUGAACAGUAGCAUGAUCCAGAUAUAUUUAUGAUUUUGUAAAACCGGUCAAAGUUUGGUAGUUUGAACAAAUACAACAAAUAUAACAGUGCGAAUAGGUAUACAAAAAACGCCUGCUAGGUAUGCAAUGCGUUGAAAUGGA